GGCGUAGCUGCUGGGAAGGACCCAGACAGGGCGCACACGUGGGCUGUUCACCAUGGAUCCUGCUGUGGUGUUGGUAGCUGGGUGCUACGAGCAAAUUACUUUUGGAUAUCGAGUGGAGACAACUAAAGAGGUAUCAAAUAUUGAUAUUUUUUCAUAUCACGCUCACUCUGCGUCUUUAUCUGUGGUGGCGACAAAUGAAAAGUUUAUUGCCACAGGUAGCCGGGAUGAAACCAUUUGUCUGUAUGACAUGAAAAAGAGGACAGAACAUGGAGCUUUGCUGCACCAUGAUGGCACCAUCACUUGUCUAGAGUUUUAUGGCAGUUCCCACUUACUGAGCGGUGGAGAGGAUGGACUCAUUUGUAUCUGGAGCACUAAGAAGUGGGAAUGCUUACAGUCUAUUAAAGCUCACAAGGGACAAGUAUCGUCAUUUUCAGUUCAUCCUUCUGGGAAACUUGCUCUGUCAGUGGGGACAGACAAAACUCUCAGAACGUGGAAUCUAAUAGAUGGCCGAUCAGCUUUCAUCAAAAACAUAAAAGAAAAUGCUCACAUUGUUCUGUGGUCACCGGCUGGAGACAAGUACGUGGUGGUGGCAGAUAAUAAAAUAGAUGUUUACAGCCUGGAGACAGCAACAGUAACGAGAGCAAUCUUAAAUCAAAAGAGGAUCUCCUCGGUUAAGUUUGUGACAAAUUCCAUUGUUGCAGUUGCUGGGGAUGAGGAGUGUUUGAGGCUGUAUGACACGGACUCUGGAGUGUGUCUCAGCGAGUUUAAGGCCCAUGAGAACAGAGUAAAAGCCCUGUCCAGUUUUACAGUAGAUGACCGUCAUAUCCUUGCAUCUGCAUCCAAUGAUGGGUACAUAAAAAUGUGGAAACUUAACCUUGAACAGAUGAAGGAUCCCCCAGUACUGCUGGGCGAAGUGAACACCACCGCCAGGCUGGCGUGUCUGGAUGUGUGGCAGUGCAGCUCGCAGAAAAGGACUUUGAAUCGGGAAGAAGCGACCGCUUCCUCUCCAGUGAGGGAAAAAGAAGACACACCUGCCAAGACAAAGAAGGGGAGGCCGGCGUGCCCUGGAGAAGUGGUUGAAGUUGAAGACGGUGACGGUCCUGCCAAGAAGAGAAAGACGGAUGGCUCCAAAAGGAAGAAGAAGCAGGAACAUCCAUAAAAUUCAACUUUGUCGUUUUUUGUGAUGAUUGAGCAGAGCUUCUGUAAAGCUCCAGCAUUUGCUCAUUUCUGCCCGAAUGCUAAGACAGCGGUGUCCAGUCGUGAGUUCUGGAGAGUCUGGAGAGUGUGUCUGGAUGUCUUCAUUCCAGCUCUGCUCAUAGUAACCUCACCACAUUAUUGGCUUAAUUGGCCCAAUUUACUCGCUUCUCCCAUGUUUAGGAACUGUUCAGAGAGGCUUAGGACCCUCCAGGACCAAGACUGGACACCCCCUGUUCUAAGCGCUUUUGUCAGAAAAACGAGAUGGAAAACUAGAUUUUUAAGAGAGUUAUUUUUGUAAAUUGUAAAACUCGCAUGAAGUAAACUUUUCAUUGAUGAAUAGCAAGCAUGUUGUUCUCAUGUUGGCUUUUAAUUACACCACGAGUGUCUGUACAUUGUGUGUUUUUGACAUGUCCCCUUAUUCAUUACAGACUUGUUCAUUUAUUGGUAUUUAAAUUAAAAUCAAUGACUUUA